AUGCGCAAGUCAGACCAACAGGACGCCCUCGAAGGGUUUGGGGCAGAGUUUCAGCGUCUACGCGACAUGACGGCUGCCUACAAGGCCAGUACCUCUCGUGAGGAAGGCACCACCAUGCACACCAAGCGCAAGAACCGCUACAAGGACAUUAUCCCGUAUGAUUUCAAUCGCGUGGUUUUGACCACACAGCGCAGCGAAGAUGAAGACAUUUCCGGCUCAGACUACAUCAAUGCCAGCUCGGUGGAGCAUGGCGAAUCCCAAUGUCGUUUUAUUGCUUCACAAGGACCCUUGCCACACACCCUUGAUGAUUUUUGGCGCAUGCUGUGGGAAAAGGAUGUGCGAAUCGUCGUCAUGGCCUGCAACAUCUUUGAAAACGAUCGCUUUAAGUGUGCCAAGUAUUGGCCCAAUCUGCACGAGUUUGACGUGUUUGACGAGUUUGAGGUCGAUAACAUGGCCGAAGAUGCCAUUGAUCAGGACUUUUUGGUGCGCACACUCAAGGUGACCCACAAAGGAGCCUCUCGCAUCAUUUAUCAGUAUCACUAUCAUGCCUGGCCCGAUCAUGGCGUUCCCGCAAGACCCGGCAGUGUCAUGCGCCUUAUUGCCGCCUUUCGGGAACGGCAACCAAGUGACCAAGCGGCUCCUCUGGUCAUUCAUUGCUCUGCAGGUGUUGGGCGAACGGGUCACUUUCUUCUAGGCACGAUUUGUGCCAUCGAUAUCGUUUGGUCAAUGCUCAAGCAAAUGGGCCUUGACGCUCCAUGCUUUGACAUUUUCCAGGUUGUGUGGUUUCUCCGCCAGCAUCGUCCAGCCAUGGUUCAGACGGAGGAUCAAUACGUUUUUGUCUACAAAGCGAUUUUGGAUUUGGUGCAACAGGUCCUGGCGUCGAUGGACAAUAGUGCCUUGCUGCCCAAGUCUACCGCGCCUGUAGCUAUGGAAUCUGUAUAUGACUCAGUGACACCAGCACCCGAAGCAAUCGUCAAAAUUGCAGAACCGGUUUACAUCAACCCCGCCAUGGUGCAGGCAUGCACGUCGUCAGUGCCGAAGGAGCGCUUACGGCGCUUGUCCAUGAUUCGUGUUCCCCAAUGGCGCGAUAAACCACUUCCCCAAGCUGGCGCCAAAACUGACGCUGAUGAAGAUGACGAUGCCCAGUGCAAUAAAGAUGAGGCGAUGGAGAAUAAACAUGGCAAUGAUGGGGUGGACAAUAGCUGGCCACCGAAGCGAGUCAAAGGACCCACUGGACCCCGCAAGGUGCCUUCCACGUGGGGAUUGGCGAUCAAGAUGAACUACGAACGCUAA